UAUUGAAGGUUAUACGAAAUUCCAACUAAAGCAAUUUCAAAAAUCUAGCGUCAUUAAAUUUCCGACAACAUUCAAGAAUCUAUAUAGGUCCCUGAAAUUUUUCGGUAGCUGAGGAAUAAAUUCUUGAAAAUUUUGGGGAAAAUUUGAAAAUUUUAGAAUGGACGAUUAUACGAGAGAAAUGAUGGAUUUAAAAACCCUGGUUACUCGUACAUUGGAGAAGAAGGGCGUUCUCGCCAAGAUCCGUGCUGAGCUUAGAGCUAGUGUGUUUGAAGCGAUCGAAGAGGAAGAUAAAGUAAUUGAGAAAGAAGAUGGAUUGCCUCCUGCACUAUUGGGUAGCUGCAAUGAUCGUGCUAAGCAGCUGCAUAACUCUCCUUCAGGGAGGCUUCUAACUGCUUUGAUAUGUGAAUAUCUCGAUUGGUCUCAGUUAAACCACACGUUAAAAGUUUACUUGCCAGAGAGUAAUAUGCCAAAAGAUUCCUGGAAAUCCGAGCUAAAAGAUUUCAGCAGCAAGAAUGGCUACGACUUGAACCGGCAUGGAGAUAGUGGGCCUUUGCUUUUGGACGUUCUUGAGGGCUUCUUGAAGUUCGAGAAUCUGUCUCAAGGAAGAGGUGCGAAUAGGAGAUCGACCGCUUCAGAUUCUGAAUCUCUAUCAAACUUGGAAGCACGCAACGCUAGGAGACCUUCACCACCAGCAGUUGCUGUGGGUAUACCUCAACUAGGAAGGCAUAGUGCUGCUUCACAAUCAUCUGAUCGAAGAGCUGGAUCGUCUGCGUCAGGCUACCGAAGAGAUGAAUACAAUCGGAGGUAUGAAAAUGAUGGACAUUCUGAAGAUGUCAUCCGUGCUUCUGCUGCGUUAGAGAAUCUGCAAUUGGAGAGAAAUGCUCGUCGUGGGACCUCAUCUUGGAGGCGUGGAGGAGAUGAUAUGUCCGAAGACAAUAGCACUGGAUAGACGUAGUUUGUGUGGAUUCGUUGAUCCACGUUCAUUUCAGCCUUGCAACGCCACUGGUUCAUGUAAGGUCAAAUCUGCCCCUAUGCAUUUCACAUUCGAACAAUUAAGCUAAGGCUUCUCAUGUAUUCUCCUCGUUCCUGUUCACGCCUUUAUCUUGGUUCAUCUCUACUUUUCGCCAUUCUCCCGUUGUAUCAUACCCUAGCCCGAAAACGGAUAGCCUAUAGGGUUGUAAAGAUUUGACAACUUAACAUUAUUUUGAAAGUCUAGAUUAUAUUUGGUUGUUUGCACUGCUGAAGAUACUACCUCUGUUUCUUUAAGAGUUGUUUCAUGUUUGUGUAUGCGACUAUAGAAUUCGAUCAACGGAAGAUAUGUUGUGGUGUGGUUA